GCUCUCCAACCUCUCAAACAAACCAAGCUCGUCAUCUACGAAACCAACGAGCAUAACCAUCGCUGGAGCUUCUUAUGAGCGGAAGCAUAUCUCUUUAAUUUCUCUUUUCACAACUCGAAUAAAUCGCACGCCAAAUCGCCACAAUGGGAGAUCCAAGAGAGUCGUCGUCGUACAGUGUUACGCCUCGAAUCAGGUAUAACACUAUCGGUGGUAUCAAUGGUCCCUUGGUUAUUUUGGAGAAUGUCAAAUUCCCAAGAUACAAUGAGAUUGUUAGCUUGACGCUACCUGAUGGCACGCAGAGGUCAGGACAAGUGUUGGAAGCUAGAGGUGAUCGAGCAGUUGUCCAAGUUUUCGAGGGCACUCACGGUAUCGAUGUGAAGAAGUCUACUGUCGAAUUCACAGGACACAGUCUGAAACUCGGUGUUUCGGAGGACAUGUUGGGUCGAAUCUUCGAUGGAUCUGGAAGAGCGAUUGAUAAGGGACCAAAGGUGUUGGCGGAAGAUUAUUUGGACAUUAACGGAAGUCCUAUCAACCCAUAUUCAAGAGUUUACCCCGAAGAAAUGAUUUCAACUGGUAUCUCUGCUAUCGAUACAAUGAACUCCAUUGCUCGUGGACAAAAGAUCCCUAUUUUCUCUGCUGCUGGUUUACCACAUAACGAAAUCGCGGCUCAAAUUUGUAGACAAGCUGGUUUGGUUCAGAAACAAGGUGUCACAAACAAAGGCACACAUGAUGGACAUGAGGAGAACUUCUCCAUUGUUUUCGCAGCUAUGGGUGUCAACUUGGAAACUGCACGUUUCUUCACCCGGGAUUUCGAAGAGAACGGAAGUCUUGAGCGUGUCACUCUCUUCUUGAAUUUGGCUAACGAUCCUACGAUUGAACGUAUCAUUACUCCUCGUCUUGCCCUUACCACCGCCGAAUACUACGCCUACCAAUUGGAGAAGCAUUGUUUGGUUAUUCUUACUGAUUUGACCGCAUACUGUGAUGCCCUUCGUGAGGUUUCAGCUGCUCGUGAAGAAGUACCCGGUCGUCGUGGAUACCCAGGUUACAUGUACACGGAUUUGUCCACCAUCUAUGAACGUGCCGGCCGUGUCCAAGGUCGAAACGGAUCCAUUACUCAAAUUCCUAUCUUGACUAUGCCUAACGACGAUAUUACUCACCCAAUUCCCGAUUUGACUGGUUAUAUUACUGAGGGACAAAUUUUCAUCGAUCGUCAAUUGCACAACCGUGGUAUUUACCCACCUAUCAACGUUUUGCCAUCGCUCUCGCGUCUUAUGAAGUCUGCCAUCGGAGAGAAGCUCACUAGAAAGGAUCAUGGUGAUGUUUCUAACCAGUUGUACGCUAAAUAUGCCAUUGGUCGUGACGCAGCAUCAAUGAAGGCUGUUGUUGGUGAAGAGGCCUUGUCUUCAGAAGAUAAACUAUCUUUGGAGUUUUUGGAGAAGUUCGAACGUACUUUCAUUUCACAAUCUGCCUACGAAUCCAGAACCAUCUAUGAAUCUCUCGAUCAAGCAUGGAGUUUACUCCGCAUUUACCCCAAGGAAUUGCUCAACCGUAUCCCACAAAAGGUUUUGGCUGAGUUUUACCAACGAUCUGCAACUGACCGUAAGGGCAAGGGACGUGCUGGCAACAAGGACACGAAGGACAACAGUGAGGAAAGAAAGGCGAAGGAUGCGCAAGAGGAGAAUUUGAUUGAUGCAUGAGCAUAAACAUGCUGGGUGGUGAUGCGUAGUGGAGAGUUAGUUCUAGAAGUGUGUAGGAGCGUGUUUAGUCUUGUCAAAUAUAUCUCUCGGGAAUCCUUUGCUUUGAAUGGAGCGCGCUUGUGUAAAUAUUAUGAAGAAUGGUAAUCGAAGCGGUGGAUUACAAGGAAUCUUUGAAACAAGAGUCCAUUUUGCUAUG